CUGUGUGUGUGGUUGCUGCCUGUCGCCAUAGGAACUUCAUACAGUCUUUCAGAUGUUGGAAAAAUUAAACUUAGAGCUUCCCUUUUCGUAGUAUUAAGUAAGCAUUAAUAGCUUAAUAACCCCUCUUUGCUGGCCUUUAGUGGGUAGCUGUUGUUCACAAACGACGCUGUCAAUCGGGUGAGUGUGGUUCAGUAUUACUAUCCAUCGAAAUCAUAUUUCGUUGGAAUCUCCAAUAUGACGAGCACUUUACAUGUAUUUCUGUUUUUAUUUCUAAUGUGCGGUCUGUUUCUGUUUGUUCCUCCGGUGUGUAUGUUGCUGAUGAAGUAAAGUCAGUAUUGGUGAUGGAGGGAGAUUCUGUCACUCUAAACCCUGAUCUUAAUCAAACACAGGGAUUUACAAUGAUACAGUGGUGUUUUGGAGAUAUCAGCCCAGUCAUUGCUGAAAUCUAUGCAAAUGCGACGUCAUAUCCCAAUGAUGAGAGAUUCAGAGACAGACACUGCAGCUGAACCAGACUGGAUCUCUUUCCAUCAAGAACACGAGAACCACAGACUCUGGACUUUAUAAACUAGAGGUCCACUGCAACAGUGGAGCCUCAUAUAUGACAUUCAGUGUUACUGUCUAUGCUGCAGGUCUGUCUCCAGGUGCUAAAGCAGGGAUAGUAGUUGUUGUUCUGCUGGUGUUUGCAGCUGCAGCUAUUGAUAUGAUGUGUUAUCGCUGCCUUUUCUCUGAUCUGAAGAAGUUAAAUACACUUCCAGUUAUGGAAGGAGAAACUGUCAUUCUAAAGCCUGAUAUCAAAGUCAAGAGAGAUGAUGAGAUCCUGUGGAAGUUUGGACCUCAAAGGGUUUCUAUCGCUGAAAUCAGAGAAGAGGCCAAAGAGAUAUCUGAGUUUGCUGAUGGGAUGUUCAAAGACAGACUGACGCUGGAUCUCUGACCAUCACAAACACCAGAACCACAGACUCUGGAGUUUAUGAACUACAGAUGAAAUGCAGCGGCGGGGUUUCAGUAGAGAUAUUCUGUCUUAAUGUCUGCGGUUAUGUUGAAGAGGAGACUCAAUUUGUGAUGGAUGGAAGGUAUAUUACUCUCAGAUGUUUUAAUAAAGAAAUACAGAAAAAUGAGCUUAUUGUGUGGCUGUUUGGAGAUCAAGAGGCUCUCAUUGCUCAAAUGAUGGGAGGAUCCAGAAAGACCUUUGAUGGUCCUGAUGGGAGAUUCAGAAGCAGGCCGAAGCUGGACAGAAGGACUGGAGAUUUGACCAUCAGGCGCAUGAAAUGUGAACAUACUGGACAUUAUAAACUACAGAUCAGCUGCAGCAGCAAAGGAACCUAUUACAAGACAUUCAAAGUUGUUACAAAUGGUGAAGGUGAGCAGGUGCAGUGGAGCUGUGAAGGUAAAACUCUUGCAACUGGGAUGAAUGGAGACUUUAAAAAGACUUCAUACGGUGAUGAUGAGAGAUUCAGAGACAGACUGGAGCUGGACCAUCUAACAGGAGAUCUCAUCUUCAGAAACGCUAGAACUAGUGACACUGGAGUCUAUCAACUACAGAUCAGCAGCAUCAAGAAAAGAAACAUAAAUAGUGAAUACACUCUUACAGUCCUUGGAAACAGAGUGAAUGAAUCAGAGACUGCAGAGAUACCUUUGCUGAGUAAAGAGGAUGUGGAUGGAGUGAAUGAGCAGCUCAUGAUGAGUGCAGUUUGAUGAGAUAAGACACGCCCACCAGGGUGAAUCACUCUGACAUCAUCAACAUUUGAACUCAUCUCAGAACACAGUUCCGCUGUUCUGUCAUCAUUUAUUCACAAUCCCGUUGCCCCAAACCUGCAUGACUCUUUGUUCGUUGUAUAACUUGUCUUCUUU